AGUUGGUUGUUUUUUUAUUAAAACUUUGUAGUAUAAUUUAAUCCCUUUGGGCUAAUUAUUUGAACUUUAUUAUAAAUUUAUUAAUAUUUGAUAAUUUUUAGGAAAAAAUGUCGUCUCAUUGUAAAUCGCAAACCAAACCGCAUUAUUACGGUUUGGUUUCAAUACUAAUAUGGUUUGAUUUGAAAAAUUGACAAAAUCGUAUUUUGCAAUUUGAUUUGGUUUAGACUUAAACCGCACCAAACCAGACCAUGUUCACCCCUAAUACUCAACAAACAUCCGUGAAAAAAAAAAAAAAAAAAAACGAACAUUUCCUACGAUAUCCCUGAAUACCCGCUCUAACCUGCCGGAGUUCCACCGUUGCCGGUUCACUCUUCCCCAAUAAUUGCAGUCAUCACUUGCAUUUCUUACUUCUAACCUUAAUAAUUUCAACUUACAAUCCUUUCUCUAGAUUUAAUUAUCUAAUUUUUCAAUCAAAAUCAAAUUAAUUUCAAUAUCAAAUUAUCUUUCCCCAAUUUUAGGUUCAAUUUCAAACUUUUCCCUCGAUUUCGGAAUCUGGGAUGAUUAAUAAUGUCUACUGUUAAUGUAAUCAAGUCAUCCCUUGAUUCCAUACAACAGAUAUCAGAACACCUUCAUGAGGCUGUUGUUUACCUAGAUGCGGGAUGCACAGAGAGUUUCCAAUUUAUUGGUGCAUUCUCUUUGUUAUUGGAAUAUGGAGCACGUGCUGUUUGUUGCUUGGAGAACAUGUCCCCGCUUGACAUGGUUGCUGAUUGGAAUGGAACAAUAGACUCUGCUACGAAAGUGGUUGUUAUUACAUCAUGCCUUUUGAGUGAUGUGCACCGUUAUGUCUUACGUUGUCUGGGAGCACACCCAAGUAUUCAGCAUUGUUGCAUAUUCACUUCCAUCUCAGAGAUAGCUCACUCAGCAUAUCCAGAUUCACCCCUUGGCCCAGAUGCAUUUAGAGAAUAUGAAUCUUUGUUAAUACAAGAUUAUGAAGAGCUUUUGAAUAAACACAAGACAAAGUCAGAACGGUUGGAUGAAAAAAACUUAUUGGAAAACUUGGCUUCGGAGGAAGGUUGGGCCCAACUUGAUGAUAAAGACAUUUCUCAUGUUGUCACUAGCCCUAGUGUGUCAAGCGUCAAUGAAGAUAAUCUUAAGCAGAGAGAACAAGUGUUGGCCGUGUCUGUGCAGCACUUCCCUAUGAUAUAUUGCCCCUUGUCACCAAAUUUCUUUGUCUUACCUUCUGGAGGUUCUGUUGCUCAAGCUAGCUUGUCAGCUGCGCAUGAGCAUUCACUCAGCCCUGGGUUGCCCCCACUAAGUACCGGUCUUGCUUCUGAUGGUGAGGAUGUUCCUGGGGCUACUCUUACAGCCCAUUUUCUCUACUAUCUGGCUUCUAAGAUGGAUCUAAAAUUGGAAAUAUUUUCUUUCGGGGAUCAAUCGAAAAUUGUUGGAAGAUUAUUGACAGAUAUGUCGAGCCUUUAUGAUGUAGGUCGACGUAAAAGAUCGGCAGGCUUGUUGCUGAUUGAUCGCACCCUUGAUCUCCUGACCCCAUGUAGCCACACUGAUUCAUUUUUUGAUAGAGUUUAUUCUGCUUUACCACGUAGAGAAAAAUCACCUUCUAUGCAUGCAAGAAACUCACAAGCCCAGGCAAAUCCAAAUACUCGCGUACAUCGUGCACCUCUUGAUGUUCGCAUACCUCUUGACAAUGUUUUCAAAAAAGACUACGGAACUGAUAAUUUUCAGCUACUGCAAAAUUUUGAAGCUUUCCUUCAGGGCUGGAAUUCCAGCAGCACUGAUUCAAAGAUCCGGGACCUGAUUGACCUAAGCAACAAAAUUCAAGAUGAGAAAUCCUCUGGCUUCAUAGAGCAUUUAUUUGAUGGAUCCUUUAUGGCUGCAGAAAGUUUCCAUGGAACACCCUAUUUGGAAGCUGUAUUAGGGAGACGAAUGAAGGAUGGGUCUGUACUUGUUAAGAAGUGGCUCCAAGAAACUUUGCGGAAGGAGAAUAUAUCUGUGAAUGUGAAAACUCGACCUGGUUCUGCCACAAAGUCAGAGUUGGAACCCAUGAUAAAAGCGCUGGCUACAACUGACUCAUCCUUUCUUAAAAAUAAAGGGGUUAUCCAGUUGGCUGCUGCUACAGUGGUUGCUCUGGAAGACUUACAUUCUGACAAAUGGAAUGCCUUCAUCAGUGCAGAGAAAAUGUUGCACGUUUCUGCUGGAGACACAAGUCAAAGCCUUGCUUCUCAAAUAGGGGACUUGAUCAAUAAAAGCUUUUUAACUAGAUCUCAAGGUGGAAAAUCAAAGUCCUCACAAGGAUUGAUUUCUUUCAAGGAUGCAUUGCUCCUUACUAUAACUGGCUAUAUUUUGGCUGGUGAAAAUUUCCCCUCAUCAGGAUCUACUAGCCCUUUUUCAUGGCAGGAAGAGCAUUUAAUGAAGGAAGCCAUUGUUGAUGCAAUAAUUGAGAACCCAGAAUUGUCGGAACUCAAAUUUAUACAGGGUCUUGCUGAAGAUCUUGAAGCUUAUCGGAGUAAAAUCAGUUCAAAGGAAUUGAAGGCUACGGAGGAAUUGUCCCUUGAUGAUUUUGAUGGUGAUGGAUGGGGUGAAUGGGGUGAUGAAGAUGCUGAUAGUGCUAGUAAUAAAGAACAAGGAUAUGAUGACAUGCAGCUCAAACUGGAGUUGCGCGAUAGAGUUGAUAGCCUUUUCAGGUUCUUUUACAAAUUAUCUGGUUUAAAGAGUAGGAAUGCACCACUAAGAAAAGGUUCUUUUACCUCAGAAGUUGGUUUUGGAGGUGAUUCCUUUGAAAAUAAAGGUCUUCUAUAUAAGCUAUUAUUGAGAGCGCUGGGAAAAUAUGAUGUACCUGGAUUAGAGCAUCAUUCUUCAGCUGUAGGAAGACUUUUUGGAAGAUUUGGCCUUGGCCAGGCAAAACCUAGUCUUGCAGACCAAAACAUUAUCCUUGUUUUUGUUAUAGGUGGUACCAACGGCCAAGAGGUACAUGAAGCUUUUGAGGCACUGUCUGAAACCGAUAUGCCAAAUAUCGAGCUUAUAGUUGGUGGCACAACACUUCUUACCCCUGAUGACAUGUUUGAAUUACUGCUAGGAAAUUCUAGUUACUUCUAAUUCAAAGCUCUGUAGAUAUUGUUCUGAUUCCCCCCAAAUCUCAGCGCUGGUUACCUACACAUCUGUUGUAUAUUUUUACAUGCAUCUUUUUUUUUUUUUUUUUUGUAAUAAUUAUUUAAUAUAGAUAUUUUUUUUGGCAGGGCUUGUAAUAUUAAAGGUAAGUGAUCAUUGUAUUUUAGGCAAUUUUAGUCUUUCUUUAAGUUAGUUGAGAAGCUGCCUUAAUCUUUGUUUGCAGCUGCCAAUCUUGGUUGCAUCUGUCAUCCGGAGUUGUCUUUUUCUGACGGAAAGAAAUUUAAGCGAAAAUUUAACAAUAUUUUCACA